AUGCACGUGUGCAAGAUAAAGUCUCUAUCGCUGAGUGUGUUGAUACUCCUUUUAGUCUCGUUCAACCGCGCACAGGAGACAGAUCCCGAUGAUGUUGAGAUAUUCUUCAGUGAGCUGGACUAUCAGGUGGUAGAGGGUGAGAGGGCAUUUGAGGUGGUGGUGACCAAGAUGGGGUUCUUGCAAAGUCCCCUGUUUCUCACACUCACUCCACUCACGUUUCAAGAGUUUCAGCAAGCUCGCUACCCUCUGCCCAACGAAGCGGUUUUCAAUGAGCUGAACAUCAUCGAUCCAGCUGAAUACGAAGUAAACGGCAAGAGAGAUUUCGACAAUACAAUACGUACCGUUGUCGUACCAGCUGGUGAUGGGGUUGUGGAUCAGCAAGUUCUCAUCCCAAUCAUCGACGAUCGAAUCAACGAGGCAAACGAGGGGUUUUUACUCGUAGUGAGGGCUAACGAGGCCCGAAGCAAUCCAUCUGAUCUGGCUAAUGUUAGAUACAAAGACGAAGGAGUUACUCUCCUGCGUAUCACCGAUGAUGACCGUAUAAUAUUCCGGUUCGAGCGCGCAACCUACACCUUCACAGAGGAUGCAGGGUUACAGAGAGACUCUAUCAGAGUGGUGAAACAGCAGGGCAACAUCUCAGAGCAGACUCUCACACUUCUUGUUGAUCCUGUCCCCUUCACAGCCGAGCUUGGAGAGGACUUUGAAGCUACUGAAAUAAGACUCGUGUUUCCUCCCGAUGUCUUUGCGCUGCCUGUGCCACUCAGGAUCAUCAACGACGCUGUCCCCGAGCCUCCAGAGAUGUUCCAGUUGAACCUGUUCCAGGUGGUGGAGAGUCCGACUGUUUUCCUUGACACAAACAGAGCCGAAAUUACCAUCAACGACGAAGAUGAGAUCCGGAUUGGUUUGGAACGGACAGUGUACAGCAUCAAUGAGGGAGACACGACUGACAUCUGUGCUGUUCUCCUGGGUCCCGAGCAGAUUUCAACAGGAGUUGAGGCAUUUGCUACCCUAUCAGCCAUUCCUGAUACCGCAGAUUCCCGAGAUUACGCGAUAUUUACUAACAUCGUGUUCCUGACAACUGACAUGCGGCAGAUCUGCUACAGUUUCACGGCCAUUUCGGACGGCGUGGCAGAAAACACAGAGAUUCUGAGUGUGUCACUAGAGCCCCUGCCAGAACUGACAUCUGGCAUUGUUGAAAUUGUCAGCUCACGCCAGUCUGCCCAAAUUUUUAUCAAUUCCAACGAGUGUGUGGAUGGUAACAAUGACUGUAGCCAGGAUGCUCAGUGCUUCGACACCCCUGAGCUGUUUGGCUGCACCUGCAAUGAGGGUUUCGAGGGAGAUGGGAAAGUCUGCUUUGACAUCAAUGAGUGCUCGCUGGGAAGGGAUGACUGCCACCCCAACGCAGAGUGUAUCAACCUCCCUGGUACCUUUCUCUGUGUCUGCAGCACAGGCUAUGAUGGGGACGGUCUCAACUGCAUCGACAUUGAUGAAUGUGCUCUCAACCAAGAUAACUGCAACGAUAAUGCCGACUGUGUGAACAUUCCCGCUAGCUUCCAGUGCGUGUGCAGAGAAGGAUAUGAAGGGAGUGGAACCAUAUGCACAGAUGUGAAUGAGUGUAUUGAGCAGUUGGACAACUGCGACGACUUUGCUCAGUGUAUCAACCUGCAGAGUGGUGGAUUCGAGUGUCGCUGUUUGGAGGGAUUCGAGGGAAAUGGCAGACAGUGCUCUGAUAUUGAUGAGUGUGCUAGGGGAACGGACAAUUGUGAUCCAAAUGCUGACUGCAGAAACACACAGGGCAGCUUCCAGUGUGUCUGUAGAGAAGGCUACGAGGGAAAUGGAAGAAUAUGCGCAGAUAUUGAUGAGUGUGCCACUGGUACUGACAACUGUGACGUCAACGCUGACUGCAUAAACACCGAUGGAAGUUUUGUCUGCAACUGUAGGACUGGCUUCCAGCAAGACGGCAGGAUAUGCAGGGAUAUAAACGAGUGUGCUAGAGGUACGAGCAACUGCGAUACUAAUGCCAUCUGUGUCAACACCAUUGGAAGUUUCGAGUGCAACUGUAGAGAAGGAUAUCAGGGAGACGGCAGGAUAUGCACAGAUGUGAACGAGUGUGCUCGGAAUGUGGACGACUGCAGUGACUUUGCACAGUGCACCAACACCAUCGGAACCUACGCAUGUACUUGUAUACCUGGCUAUUCUGGAGAUGGUAAAACCUGCACAGAUAUUGAUGAGUGUGCUAGGGGAACGGACAAUUGUGAUCCAAAUGCUGACUGCAGAAACACACAGGGCAGCUUCCAGUGUGUCUGUAGAGAAGGCUACGAGGGAAAUGGAAGAAUAUGCGCAGAUAUUGAUGAGUGUGCCACUGGUACUGACAACUGUGACGUCAACGCUGACUGCAUAAACACCGAUGGAAGUUUUGUCUGCAACUGUAGGACUGGCUUCCAGCAAGAUGGCAGGAUAUGCAGAGAUAUAAACGAGUGUGCUAGAGGCACGAACAACUGCGAUACUAAUGCCAUCUGUGUCAACACCAUUGGAAGUUUCGAGUGCAACUGUAGAGAAGGCUACGAGGGAAAUGGCUUCACCUGCAGAGAUAUUGAUGAAUGCACAGAGGGUCUUGCUGACUGUGACGACAAUACUGUCUGUGAGAAUAAUCCCGGUUCCUUUGAGUGUCUGUUGUCAGUGGAGAACCGAGACGAGUGUGAGGAUGGCUCUAACACAUGCAGCUCGGACGCCGACUGCACUGACAUGGAAGACGGCUACACUUGCAGUUGUAGGAAUGGAUUCAGAGGAGAUGGAAAAACUUGCAGAGAUUUGGAUGAGUGCAGUGAAGGGACAGCCAGAUGCUAUGCCCACUCCACCUGUGUCAACAAAACGCCAGGUGUACAAACAUUCCCGGGAGCUACACCUGUGCCUGCAACCAGGGAUUCACUGGGGAUGGAUUCAGAUGCUCAGCUGCUCAGCAGCAGCCCGUCUGUGGUCCAGGAUACAAGCCUUGGGGCCAGAGAUGCAUGGAUAUCAAUGAGUGCAGGGACAGGAGCCAUGGCUGUCAUAGGCAUGCCUACUGUACCAACACUCGGGGCAGCUACAGGUGUACAUGUGCUAGUGACUACACUGGAAAUGGUUUCACUUGCAGACUCCAGCAGCAACUGGAGCCCUGUGUUGAGGACACAACUCGCAGUACAACUAGGACCGGGACAACUCGUAAAACAGGAACAGGGACUCGUCGUACAGGAACAGGGACUCGCCAUACAGGAACAGGGACUCGCCAUACAGGAACAGGGACUCGCCAUACAGGAACAGGGACUCGCCAUACAGGAACAGGGACUCGCCAUACAGGAACAGGGACUCGCCAUACCGGAACAGGGACUCGCCAAACAGGAACAGGGACUCGCCAUACAGGAACAGGGACUAGCCGUACAGCCACCCGCAGAGGACGAAGGGGAGCAGUGCUAG